GUUCUUUGGAGGCUUGGACUCGAAUCAUUCCUCUCUUUAUCUUGCAUUUUGCAUUUAGCAUUAUCACUGCCAAAUAGUUCAAUAGUUCAACACGACAUUGGGGCAGUUCAAGUCUCUCACCAAGAGGCGCCUUUGAACAGCGCCGGACCUCCGCCAAAUCGCACAUACUAUCGACCCACGAUGUCGGGUUUUCAGAUACCUGGACUAGGCCAGGCAAAGCCCAACGAAGUCUUACCGCCGCUUCCAGCUGAUCUUGCAGUUGCCGCUGCGAGCGCUGCCGAAGAUGAUAGAGAGAUGCUGGAUGUGAACCAACUCCAGCCUCAGACGGCGCCAUCUACGACAGAAGGCCAGAAUGCAUCCGUCAAGACUGUUCCCGAAGCUCCAGUCGACCAUAACAUGUCAGAUUCUAUGCCAAUGGACCAAGCCGGAAGCCCGCCGUCUGUAACACACGCCCUCGAAGCGGCCCUCGGUGGCCUCGAUAACGGCGAGACACCCCGACAAGCGCCCCAGCCCGACGCGGAGCCGGCUCCUUUACAACCUGACGAAAGCGAGAACCCUGAAUGGGAGAUUGAUUCCUCCCCAUACGAGUCAUCAGACUCUAGCAGUUCCGAUUCGUCGGAUGACGAUGACUCGGACAAUGGAGGCUAUGAGCCUUUGGGCAUCGAAGAGACAGCACGGCUUCUCAUGGAGAUGGAGGGCGGUUCUGAUGACGAAGGCGACAAAGGAAAGUCCGCCUCCGGCUACGUACGGACCAAGAAUGAGCUUCCCGAAGAGGUCAUCCCCCGACCAGACGUGACGAUUACUCCCGAGAUGAAGAUAGACGAACUGGGCGUUGUCGAGCAGAUUGUGGAAAACAUUAUGCUCGUCAAGGCUUUCACUCCAGGAGAAUACCAAGUCUUGGAUAGCGGAUCUAUCUUGUGCAACUCAGAGCGGGUUGUCAUUGGAGUUGUUGCUGAGACAAUUGGCAAGGUCCAGCAGCCGAUGUACACAGUCACGUUCAACACGGCAGAAGAAAUCAAGGAGCUGGGACUGGAGGUCGGAACAAAGAUAUUCUAUCCCGUCGAUCACGCAUCGUACGUCUUCACAGAACCUCUGAAGAACCUCAAGGGCUCAGACGCCAGCAACUUGCACGAUGAGGAGAUUGGCGACGAGGAAAUAGAAUUUUCAGACGACGAAAAAGAAGCAGAGUACAAGCGAUCGCUGAAGCAGAAGAAAAAGGACAAGUGGAAGAAUGGUGGUGGAAAGGAAGGGAAGCAGGCCCAUCCGUUGCGUCAGGAGAUGUCCGCGGACGGCAGCUUGAAUUAUGACGAGGAAGACGAUGGCCCGUACAAGCCGCUGGCACGGCCUGCCGGUUACGGUACGGGCGCCCCAUCAACUGAGAGUCGUGAGCCUCCUCCUCGGUCAAGCUUUUCUCGGGGAGGUCGGAGAGGAGACUCUCGGGGCAGAGGUGGCCGCGGAAGGGGCGCGGGCCGUGGUGGCCGAGGAGGCUAUAACCAGCCCAGGGAUGGGUAUUCUCUCCCUCCUCAGGGCGCCCAGAAUCCUUCAGCACCCGCACCCGCCAGCAGCUCGUGGAACUUCAACCCGAUCCCACCUCCCAACUCCGCACCCGCGCCGUCUCUUCCUCAGUUUGGCUUUCCCCUUUCCAACUGGCAGCAGCCAAUGCCCUCUGGGGUGCCGCCGCCCCCGCCAGGCUGGCCUGGGUCUGCUCAAGGACAGGGUCAAGCCUCCAGCGCAGGAAGCUUUGUGAAUCCUGCGUUCUUUGCGGCGUUGAUGAGCCAGAUCCAGGCACAGAGCGGGCAGACGGGAUGGAACGGCCAAGUUCCGCCGCCUCCCCCGCCACCUCAGCAAUGA